AUUCUGAUUUUUUUAUUUUACUUACUUGAUAAUGUAAUAAAGUAAAAUUCAUAUGAGUUGCAAAACGAACUUAUCUAAUUGUCAAGACGGGCGUCAAGCGACUUAAUAUUAUUCACCGAGUUUAAGGUUACGACUUUCCGAGGUUUACACAAAACUCGGCAUUACAAUAGGGAAACAAGAAAAUAGAAAUUUGUAACACUCUUUCGAUUAUUAGUUGUGUUAUUGUUGAAUGUGAUGGACGUGAUGCAUUCGUGUCGUUGUUGCCUGCGGAGUCCUCCGGACAAGGAUCUGACGACGCCGUAUACGUAUCACGGCAAAACAGAGAUAUAUUACGACAUGAUUAAGGAAUGCUUCGAUAUACGUAUUACUACUGAACAUGCAGCUGGUUCUGGAUGGCUCGGGCUCGUGCGGCAUCUGCUCGGCUUGUGUGAGCCGCCUGCGAGACGCGAGCGACUUCAAGCUGCAAGUGCAGCAUAGCCAGGCGGAGCUGCAGAGGGUGCUACUUGCAGAACCUGCGGUCAAGUCUGAGCUGAUUGAAGAUGGUGCUCGCGACGUGUUAGAUCUGCUACAUGUGGAACUCAUAGAAAAGCCAGAGAUGAUUGCAGAACAAAUGGGGGAAGUAUUGAAUGAAGAUCCAUUAGUGAAGCCGACGGCGUCAGAUAUGAGUGAAGACUAUUGGACAUUGGCAGCCACGCCACCGGACCAGCGCGCAGCGCGUGCCAAGGACCAGCUCUCGAGAAUCACAUCACGUCGAGAAAAAAAGCGAGUGAAACGUAAAAAAGAAACCAAAAAACCCCACGACAAUAAUACCUUCACUAAACAGAGCUGUAUGAAUGGAAAUAAAUUAUAUGUAUGCGAAACUUGUGGCAAACAAAGCAAGGCAAGAUAUCUUUUAAUUAGACAUAUCAAAACGCAUAUGGCCAGAGAGGGCCAUCCGUGUAAAAUUUGCAAUAAAUCCCUGUUGACAUACUCGGACUUGAAGCGACACCAACUCAUACACAAAGGGGAGAAACGAUACACCUGCGAAGAAUGUAAAUUGCGAUUUUCACAAAAAGGAAACUUGGACAGGCAUAGACGAAUUCAUACUGGAGAAAGACCGUUUGUUUGUGAUGAAUGUGACAAGCAAUUUGCCAAUAAAAGCAACUUGGAUAGACACAAAAAAUUACAUACCGGGGACAAACCAUACAUGUGCGAAAAGUGUACAAAGCGAUUCACACAAAAAGGCAAUUUGCGAAUACAUAAAUGCAGUGUUUACAAUGUCGAAGCGCUGUUAGCCUAGCGGUAAGUGCAUGCGACUUUCAAUUUAGAGGUCGCGGGUUCAAACCCCGGCUCGUACCAAUGAGUUCGGAACUUAUGUACGAAAUAUCAUUUGAUAUUUACCAGUCGCUUUUAGGUGAAGGAAAACAUCGUGAGGAAACCGAAAUAAUCCCAACAAGGCCUGGCAGAUGGAGAUGGCAGUCGCUUUCAUAAAAACUAGUGCCUACGCCAAUUCUGGGGAUGAGUUGUCAAGCGGACCCCAGGCUCCCAUAAGCCGUGGCAAAAAUUACAGCGUUAGGAAGUGUUUACAAUGUCGGGUAGUUUAACUAGUUUAAAAAAAAUAGUAAAUUAAGUCAGACAGUGACAGAUCAGUACACGCUUUACAGGAG